AUGGAGCCUCGCUUUGGGGAGAUUCGGACGCGUACCGUGCUGGUAGGAAGCCACCUUGUGGCACAAAACGCACCAAAAGUCGGAGCAGAAAAAAUCCCAAGCAUCAGGCAAAACGCGACACCGAAUCACCUGGAGUAUCGAAAAGCAUUGGAAAUGUGUACUUAAGUACGUUUUAUGUCAUUUCUUUGCUGAUCUUGUAGAGAAGAGUAGAUCUGGAUCGUCGAUUUCGGCAACGAAAGCCGAUCACCGAAAAAAUUGCCAUCAUUCAGUAAAAAGCACAACAGGGCAGACCAAACUUCUUAUUCUAUUCGCGUAGAUUAAGAUUUAUAUUUCUAUUUGAGAAAAAAAUAUAAGCGAUCGGCACCUGAGUACACGCCCUUGAAAUUUACUAAAAUCGUGAUAAUUCUAAUUUCAGGUAUUUUCUCCAUGUACCAUUCAAGGCCGCGAGGAGGCGACUUCUACAGUGAUCUGGCGCACAGCACCGCCCCUGCACCAACAGUACCUACCACAACACUCAUCCUUUUCGCCCGCUAUAUGGCGAUGGGACGAGAAUGGCUAUUCCCUUAAUUAUCCGUCGGUAUUCGCCACGGAAAAAAUGAAACAACCCAAUUGUAAUUUUGAGACUAUUGUUUACGUUCGCACCAGAAGACCUGCACAGAGACGUUGAACUAAUGCGAACUGCUACCUGUAAAAAGGAUUUCAAAAUGUUAAUGCAAAGGUGUAGAAAUGGUAAUACAAGAGAUGCUAACUCUUGCUUGCACCAGGACAAGUACAAUGCUGCAAGUGGAAACAUUCGUGUUACAGCUUGUUCUCUUGACGUGGCGUCCGCCUUAUUCUUACCCUGCCUUUACACGUGCGCC